CGGCCCCGGGGAGCGGCCGAGGAUGGGGAUCCUGUUCACCCGCAUCUGGCGGCUCUUCAACCACCAGGAGCACAAGGUAAUCAUUGUCGGUCUGGAUAAUGCAGGAAAAACGACCAUUCUUUAUCAAUUCUCCAUGAAUGAAGUCGUACACACCUCGCCUACGAUAGGGAGUAACGUGGAAGAGAUCGUGGUGAAUAACACGCGCUUCCUGAUGUGGGACAUCGGAGGGCAGGAGUCUCUUCGCUCCUCGUGGAACACCUACUACACAAACACGGAGUUUGUAAUAGUUGUUGUGGACAGCACCGACAGAGAGAGAAUUUCUGUGACUAAAGAAGAACUCUACAAGAUGUUAGCACACGAGGACUUAAAAAAAGCAGGUUUGCUGAUCUUUGCUAACAAGCAAGAUGUUAAAGAGUGUAUGACAGUGGCUGAAAUCUCUCAGUUUCUGAAACUGACUUCAAUUAAGGAUCACCAGUGGCACAUUCAGGCGUGCUGUGCUCUAACUGGAGAGGGACUCUGCCAAGGACUCGAAUGGAUGAUGUCAAGACUUAAGAUCAGAUGAUUUUUAAUGACCCCUUUGCACAGACAUUGCUUAAAAAAAGCUGUACCCGUGAUUACCCUCACAGUGGCAGAAUUACUGGGUUAGAUGUAUUUAUAAUGAACUGAUGACAACUUUAUUUUCUACGUAGAUACACACACGUAUUAAAAAUUAAGACCAUUCAGCAAAAAGAAAGAUGCGGUUGAUGGCUCAAGUUUGUUUUCCUGGUUGUUUUCCUCCGGGGAUGCACAUAAAAGCUGUGAUCAACCUUCUUUUCAAGAUACAGCCACUCAGAACAGUCUGAUGCUGAGCGCGGUGAAGAUGAAGCAAGAGAAAGGAACUUUUAUGUUGGGGUUUUACUAUUCCAUUGUAGUCCUCUCUAGUGGAAGAUGUGGCUUCAUUAUUCCAGUAAAUUAGCAAACAAAUCAAUGGCAUAGAUAUCAACUUUCCAGUAUUUUUAAAGUUACUGAUGUUACAAAUGCAAAAAUAUUUUCCUGUAUGUGUACUGUACAUAUUUGUGUAUAUUUAUACCUCAAUUUUAGGUUAAUUGCAAUCUGUUCAGACCAGUGUGUAAAGCUGAAUCAGUAUGUUGACGGUAGUACUAAUAUUUGACAUUGCCAACGUGUCACAGCUUCUUUUCCUUCGUUACCCGUAUGGCUGGAAGGUCCAUCAGACACUUGGCUCACCACAACUUUAUAAAGCAAGCUCUCUUGUAGGACAGCUGCUUGUUUCUCACCUGAUUUUUCAGUUAGAUUUUUCAUACUGGGUUGGGGCAUAUGGGUUCAACUCCAAAUUACAGUAUCGGCAAACAGUAAAAACUUGCCAAAGAGUUUAAAAGAAAACAAUUUUAUUUUUUUUUUAAAGUAGUCGUCAUGGGAUUAGAUGAUUCCAGAAGGCGCAUGUCAUGCUGUCCUGCGCUACUGCUUUUCUUUUUUUGCAGCACAUGUUCGUUUGUGAUUCAAGUCUCAUAGAAGUACCUUUAACUCUCCUAAAGGGAAAAAUGUCACCUUUUUUUUUUUUUUUUUUUUUUUUUUUUCCCCUCCUUAACCAAAGAAAAGAGACAAAAGUAUGUUUAAAAGUCCCACUGGAAUCUCACAAAUCUAGUCACGCUCUGCAGGAAGUGUAUUUCAGAGGAAGAGGCGCACUUCUCUUUGAUAGCAUCAAAUGUAUAUAUACCGAUAUGCAAUGGUUGGAACUGGGGUGGGGAAGGGGAACAAAGUAGACUACACUACUUGAAAAGCCCUGUGACCCCUUGAUUAUGUUCCCACAGAAGUUCCAGGGCAGUACUUCCCGAAAAUAUAACUCCCUUGCAUGGUCCCCAGGUGAGUUAUACAGAAGCGUCAGACACUAUGUGAUUAUCUUUUCUUACUGUAGUAUUUGAAGGGGUGGUUGUGCCACGCAGACGGUCACAAUUAGCAUUUUAAAGGAUACAGGCUUUUCAGUGGGAUGGUUUGAAAUAUUGCCAGUAUUGUAAAGGUUACGUAGCCUUAAUCCUGGGCUUCUAUGUCGGAGAUGUGCGUUUGAAGGGAGUAGUAAAAUGAAAUAAAAAUGCCGUUUAUAAUGUCCUUCCCUUUCUUAGCUCAUGCAACCGAUAAGGACGGAAAAGACAUUUUAAAGAAUAAGUUAGAGUGAACUUUCUAAGGUGCUUACCUUGGUUGUGGGGUAAUCCAGUCAGCGCACGAGCCUUCCCGUUUGCCUGCUUCACCGGGGAUCAUGUCCUGAAUCUGGGUGGAAAAGAAGGGAGUCAAUUUCAAAAGUCUGUAUUUAACAAAGGCAGGUAAAGAAUUUAACUUUUUAAUAUAUUUUUGGUAUCUCUUUAUGAUGCUCAUUGGCUAGGGAACCUGCUGUCUUUGUUAAACAUUUUAAUGUGUACAUGCAUAUAUUUAGAGUGCAUGCACAUAGAUAUUGGUAUGUAACUGGUGUAUUGCAAAAUGUAUAAAUGUUUGAAGAAAUAACAACUUAAUGCAAAGAUUACUUUCUCCGUUUAUCUGAUAGUAUCUUCAAGAAACAAACUGUGCACUCUUGCAUAUAAAAUGGAAUUGUACAUUUUCUAGUCUCAAAAAAGAAAAAGCAGACAUGCUUAUAAACCUAAGUGUCUGGUUUUUGACUCUCGUCUUCCCUUUCAUGCCUUUAAAAUAUUUUGCAUUAGUAUUUUUAAGUACUGUUCACUCUUGCCUGAAUGUGUAAAGGUUGUGUGUUGUUUUUUUGUUUGUUUUUUAAGACAGUGAGUCCUUCCUGUUCACGGAGGAAAUAUCACGGAGCAGGUUUUUGAUAGCCACUUCUUGCUGGAAUUUGCUGCUUACUCCCUCGCUUUAAAUUUAUAGGAGCUACUAUGUCCAUAUAAUGAAAGUGUGGUGGUGGUUUUUUUUUCCAGGUAUGGCUUAUGUUGCAACAAGACACCUUAACUUACACUGACUGUCCUUUUCCCUCUCAGUAUCCCGGCCACUUACGUUUUCUGUGGCCUCUAAGGUACUGCAGUGGCAGCAGACCCCCAACAGGGAGCUGGGAAUAACCGCACACGUGAAGUCUGCCUGUUCAGGCGGUGUCCUUUGUGCCCUAACGAGCUUGUAAGCCAAAAAGCAAAUUGUUGCCUGUGUGUUGGAUGGCAAGCAAUGCAGCCUUAACCCAACUACGAGAGCGUGUCCUAUCACAUGGAAUCAGCAGGCUUCUUUUCCAUCUAUUUCAUGAUGCCACAGUAUUGUAUCGGGGAGAUCUGCUGUCCUGUAGGUAGGAUUCAGCAGUGGCCAGUGCUUGCUGGAGCAUCGUGUGCCUGUAGCAUUCCUGGCCGGGGCUUAGGAAGCAAAGGAAGACGUGCCUUCACUUUACGUGCUAGAUUUGCAGCCUCCAAGGAGGGUGGACUUUGUCUGUGGUAGCUGCCCUCUCUGUAAACAGAGAUUCACACUCUCUGUGUGUCCCCUCCCUGUAAGCAGGUGACUGUCCCCAAUUCUCACAGCACCUAACGGUGGCUGUGAUCUUCCUCAAGGUGCAGCGAAGACUGCAGAAAGCAAAAUAGCUGCGUCCGGGUGUCGCAGGGGAAGUUUUUGUAGAAAGUUCUGUCUGUCUGAGGGCUUAUCACGACAACAAACAUAUCUGCUCAGAUACUAGUGAGAAGGCUACACAAGCGUAUACCCUCAGGACACUGUUGUGGCUGUGAUGGUCUUUUACUUUGCACCCUGCCUUUUAAGUAACGUAAAAAAUGUUUUAAACCUAGUCAUGCAGCAGAACUAGAGAAGCGCAGACAAACUUCUGAACUCACGUAAGCCCUUUAUUAUGUGCUUCUUGUUUACAGCUUUGUUCGUUUCCCUGUAGGACAAUUCAUGGCUUUUUGCACAGCUCUGCCCAUAGAAAAGCAAGUUAACUUUGCAUCAAUGCUGUUUAUAGCUGCUCUCAGUUACUGUUUGGGAGUGAUUGUCUUAACGUGAGUCAUGACUUUGAGUUGUAUUGCUUUUGUGUUUUUACCCUCCGUGUGUUGUCUUGCCUUUCAGAGAAAAAGCUUAAGAUUACUUUCCCUUCAUUCUUCAUCAGUUUCAUUCUUAGGAUGUUACACAGAAAAAGGGAGGAGUCCUGAAAAAACGGUUAUUUAAGUUUAUGUUGCAGAACAGCAUUUUUCUAGCAAAAACCAUACCAGAUGUUCAUAUUUCAAUAAUAUUUAGAUGUUUCUUUUGGUUUAGCAGAUAAUAAACUUUGUAAAUUGGCUGUA